GCUUCAUCUCCGGAUCUGCUGUUGGGCUUCCGACGCAGAUGACGAAGACCGAAGGAGAAGGCAGACGGGAAGGCGAAGUCUGCAGCCUCUAACUCACACCGUGAGAAGAUAGUAAGAGGAGGGUGAAGGAGAACCGGAACCGGUGUUUUCGUCGUUCUCGGGAUUCUGGUGGACGAUCGCCUGUUGGAAAGGCUUCGCUUUUCUACCGUGACAAUCUUGUGCAACUGGUCUGGUCCUAUGAAGUGUCUGCACCGUUGGAUUUCUUGGUUAAACGAAUUUCCAAAUGUUGUAGACUCCUUAAUAUGCGUGAGGGCCACUAUCAGAAUUUCAACUGUUUCCCUGGGCCUCAGAAAUACAGGGAAUGAAUUGCCAUUACGAUAAGAUGUUGCGACAGACAAUGAGAGCAUCAGAUUCCCAGGCGUGAACAGUGUACAGAAACACUGUUAUGUUUUAGAAUAACCUGUAGAGGACAAGUUAAAGAAUUAAUAUAUAUUUGUUCAUCAACUGGGCCCACCAAAGCAUCAGAUUGUUCACUCUCAGAAGAGUGCAUUUAGUUGGAGAAGGACAUUCACUGUUGAAGAAUUGCCUCAAUGUCAAGUGAAGGUCAGCUUGAGAUCAAAUUCCGUCUCUACGAUGGAUCAGAUAUUGGUCCCAGUUUAUAUGCACCUGCAACCACAGUCCAGGCACUUAAAGAAAAGCUUGUUGCAGACUGGCCACAAGAUAAAAAAAUUGUGCCAAAAACCGCAAGUGACCUGAAGCUCAUCAAUGCUGGAAAAAUUUUGGAGAACAAUAAGACUCUUGCUGAGUCUACAACACCCAUGGGGGAACCUCCAGCUGGCGUGAUCACAAUGCAUGUUGUAGUCCAGCCUUCAUUACCAAGGAAGAAAACAGAGAAGAACCUGGAUGACAUGCCAAAGAAGAGCUUCUGUUCCUGUACCAUCAUGUAGAGUUACUUUCAAAUUGGCCGUCUAUCACAAUUUUUUAUCCACUCAGGUUGGUGGGUCAUCAUUCUGUUGUGCCUACUGUAGUUUCGUGUCAACUUCCAGGUAUUUGUAGAGCCAGGGCCAGUUGGUGCUCUUUCCUUUUUAUCUGCCUUUGUCUUCUCUUUAUUAGGCUACUCUGAUUAAGCAACCAGAUCUUCACGGAAUGUGCAGAUUACACAUCCACAAGUUAAAAGGUAAUGAUAGCAAAUUUUAUAUUGUGGCGACCAGAUUUAGAUACAAAUUUGCUGCGAGUUAGAUAGAUUCUGCAUGCUUGCUAUAGGUGUGCUCCCACCUGUUGUACAGUUUAUCCGUGUAUACAUGUCUAGGUGAAGUUGGGCGCUUCAGAUUAUUGUGCUCAGAUUUGUGAUGAACAGCCUGGUUUUUAUAAUGCGAAGGUGUGUGUUUUAUGUUCA